GACGCUGCGGCGGUGAGGCGUUCUCAGUGGUCGUGUGGCCCGGCUCUGCGGAACCGGGACCUUAAAGGUGGCCUCAAUGGCUGAAAAUGGUGAUGAAAAAAUGGCUGCCCUGGAGGCCAAAAUCUGUCAUCAAAUGAGGUUAAACCGUCUAACAACAGACUUUAAUGUCAUAGUGGAAGCAUUGAGCAAAUCAAAGGCAGAACUCAUGGAAAUAAGUGAAGAUAAGACCAAAAUCAGAAGAUCUCCAAACAAACCUCUCCCUGAAGUGACUGAUGAGUAUAAAAAUGAUGCGAAAAACAGAUCUGUUUAUAUUAAAGGCUUCCCUACUGAUGCAACCCUUGAUGACAUAAAAGAAUGGUUAGAAGAUAAAGGUCUAGUACUAAAUAUUCAGAUGAGAAGAACAUUGCAUAAAGCAUUUAAGGGAUCAAUAUUUGCUGUGUUUGAUAGCAUUGAAUCUGCUAAAAAGUUUGUGGAGACCCCUGGACAAAAAUACAAAGACACAGAUCUGCUAAUACUUUUCAAGGAAGAUUACUUUGCAAAGAAAAAUGAAGAAAGAAAGCAAAAUAAAGUGGAAGCUAAAUUACGAGCUAAAAAAGAGCAAGAAGAAAAACGGAAGUUAGCAGAAAAUGCUGAAUUGAAAUCUCUAGAAGAAAAGAUUGGCUGCUUGUUGAAAUUUUCAGGGGACCUAGAUGAUCAGACCUGUAGAGAAGAUUUGCACAUCCUUUUCUCGAAUCAUGGUGAAAUAAAAUGGAUAGACUUUGUCAGAGGAGCAAAAGAGGGAAUAAUUCUAUUUAAAGAAAAAGCUAAGGAAGCACUGGAUAAAGCCAAAGAUGCAAAUAAUGGUAACCUUCAAUUAAAGAACAAAGAAGUGACAUGGGAAGUACUAGAUGGAGAUGUGGAAAAAGAAGCAUUGAAAAAAAUCAUAGACGAUCAACAAGAAUCCCUCAACAAAUGGAAGUCAAAAGGUCACAGAUUUAAAGGAAAAGGAAAGGGAAAUAAAGUUGCCCAGACUGGGUCUGCUAAAGGAAAAGUACAGUUCCAGGGCAAGAAAACUAAAUUUGAUAGUGAUGAUGAACAUGAUGAAAAUGGUGCAUCUGGACCAGUAAAAAGAGCAAGAGAAGAAACAGACAAAGAAGAACCUGCAUCAAAACAGCAGAAAACAGAAAAUGGUGCCGGAGACCAGUAGUUCAGUAAACAAAUUUUGUAUUCAUUUUAAUUAGGUUUUUAGCUGCAUUUGUCUUUGGAGGCUUUUAAAAAGAAAACCGAAUUAGGUCCACUUCAAUGUCUACCUGUAAGAAAAGAAAUUUUUUUAUUGUUUAGCUUGUCUUUUUGUUAUCCAAAUGAGGAUUUUUUUUUAAUGUACAGUUGUAUGUUAUUCAGAUGAUUCAAAUAUCAAAAGAAAGAUUCUUGUACUAAAUUGCCUUUGUAAUAUGAGAAUGUAUUAGUACAAACAAAUAAAAUGUAUACUAUAUAAAAAGAAAAAAAA